GUUGUUUUCGUUCUCGUUUUUAUCUCGUUAUCAACUCUUAGUCAAACAAAGCAGUCAUAUUUUCAAAGCAAACUCAUGAUUGUCAAGUCAGCGAAAUAUUUAACCAAUGAAAUGAUGAGGCUUUGUUAAAAAGUUGAUAAAUAAGUCAAAAGCACAAUUAUUGUUGGUUAGUAGCAAGUUUGGUUGCGUUGGCGUUUCAUAUAAUUAUUGUGUAAUAUAAACAUCAUUUUGGACUUUAAUUGUAAAUACAUAUUAUGAUAACUAAAAUGUAAAUACUUUAAAAGCAAAUACAGUUUUACUAGUGACGUUUAAUACUAACAUUCUAAAAUGCCUUCAAUGGGAAGAACUGUGGCAUAUCUCUGGUGCUUGUUAAUAUUUGGAGUAUGUGGUAUUCUCUCUUCUCAAGAUGAACGUCGCUGUGACAACAAAAUAACAAUAGACUUCAAACAGUGCCAUAGAAAUGAAACUUGCAUCGAAUUGGACAGUGAGCAUUCCGUGUGCAGAUGCAGCAGGAACUAUCAGAGGAUACAGGAUGGUACUUGUCAGCCGGUGUCACCAGACUCAGUUCCUUCACCUCCAAGUCACGUAGUGACACCCUCAGAUUCUGGUGGAUUCGGGUUUAAGUUACUAUUGUGGCUGGCAGUGCCAGUGCUGUUGGCCGGACUGAUUGGUGUAAUUGUGUACACUGGGAGGCAGAAGAUGUGGCUCAACAGGUUGUACCGAAUGCGAGUUCGCUCCUACAACAAUGUUUUGAGCACAAGGCCUGUGUAGAUUAAGGCUUUCGCGUAAGAAUAACUUAAAUAUUGUGGAAAUUUAUGGUAAAGAAUCGCCAACAGAUAAGUGUACCUAAUGUGAUCACCUGCAAACAGAACUGAUCCGACAGGGAACUAGUUCCUGAGGAGUAUCAUUUUUAUGUAAAAAAGUGACUGAUGAUAUGUAUAUUGGUUUGAUGUUAUUCAUAUUGUUUUUAUUUUAAAUAUGUUUUAACUAAAAUAAACAUGUUAAAAACUAAAA